AGCUUCUCCGUCCGUCCGUUAGUUGGCAGUAAUGAGAACUUCAUGCGGCUCUCAAGCAGCAGAAGUGGAAGCCAGAAAAGUAGAAGGCGGGUCUGUCACAUGGGCACUGAGGAGCUGCUACGACACUUGUCAAACAGAUCACUGUACAUGUUGUUGUCAAUACACACCUGAUGAAUUGUCUCCUCUGAAUGACAAUGAGUCUGGUGCUGCACGAGCUGUUAGUGUGCUGUCGAGGACUAGACAAUGAUAAAGCUACAGAGAGAAAGAAAGAGGUGGAUCGGUUCAGGAGACUCAUCCGUGCGCCGGGGACGCUCGAGGAACUUGAUCGUUUGUCUGGAUGCAGAGCACCCAAGGGCUCUAAACAACUCACCUGGGAUGCAGUUUUCCGAUUCCUGCAGAGGUUUCUUCAGAAAGAGACAGAGCUCUUGCAAUCGGGGAAAGCCAAUGUUUCUGCCUCCACGCAGGCCAACCGGCAGAAAAAAAUGCAGGAAAUCAGCAGCCUGAUGAAGUUUUUCAUCAAAUGUGCCAAUCAACGUGGUCCAAAGUUAAAGUGUGGUGAAUUGAUGUCCCACGUGGUGGAGGUCCUACAGGGUCCGUUCAGCUGUGCGGCGUAUGGUGAAGACUACAGCUCUAUUCUCUUGAAGAACAUCUUAUCGGUUAGAAAAUACUGGUGUGAGAUGAACCAGCAACAGUGGCACAGUCUGUUGGAUCUGUAUUGUGGGCUUUUCAAUAAAAGCUCCAAGUAUAUAAACAGAGUCCAAGUGAGUCGGAUAAUCUUCACCGUGGUUCAGGGCUGUUGUCUUCAGGCUGAGGGGUUGUCCCACGGUCUCUUUAAGUUUUUCCGAAAGGCUCUAAGCAACACCAGGGCCGAAAAGCAGCUGAUGGUUCUGGAGAAUCUGGUAACGGCUGCCAACGUGUUUCUGCGUUCAGUGGUUCUGUCCAGCAGGAAAAGAGUGUGCGCUCUGGGUGAAGACGUUCUGCCGUCUAUGCUGUAUGUUUACACGCAGAUGAGACCCAUUUCAGUGCUCAAGGAAGAGUUAGUGAAGUUUUUCUACCUUCAGAUCUGCGUUCAUCAUCCCAAAGGAGCCAAGACUCCCGAGACAGGUGCUCAUGCGAAGGACUGGGUCAGAUGGCAGGGUCAGCUCUACACCCUUUAUGAAGCCCUCAUCAGUGAGAUCGGUCAGAUAGGAAGCAGAGGAAAGUAUGCCACAGGCUCUCGUCACAUAGCCGUCAAAGAAAACCUCAUUGAGCUGACGGCCGAUGUUUGCCACCAGUUGUUUAGUCAAGGCACUCAUGUUCAGGAAGUGACAUCAUCUCUGUAUCGGGAUACUCAGCGAGACAGUCCCCAGAACUGCAAGCGCAGGCGAAUUGAGCAGCCGUUGACAAACUGGGAGGUGAUUCGGUCGAAACUGCAGCCCAACCUUAGCGACUUCGAUACGAUACCCUGGUUACAGGUCACGGCCGCCCUGAUAUCAAAGUAUCCCUCCAUCUUGCCGGCCGAUGAGCUGGUGCCUCUGCUGGGGUUACUGUGCCAGCUCCAGGGUGAACAGCAGCGACGGGGAGAGAGAGGACCAUAUGUCCUGCGCUGUCUGAGGGAGGUGGCGCUCUGCCAUGCCUCAUGUCACUCAGCUGAAGUCAGCCGUCUGUGGGCCAAAGUUUGGGCACUGGCUCUGAGAGGAAUCGGUUCAGCUCAGACCGGGACUCUGUGUCUGGAACUGUUGCAUACCAUGGUGCAAGAAUCCCUGGUGCCGGUCGAUAGAGAGUUCUGGAAAGUCUUCUCUGGGGCUGUUUGCAAACCUUCUCUCACUAGUACCCUCUGCCUUACGCAGGCUCUGUUGAAGCACUCCGUUCCUAACAGCGUUCACAGCAGUGACUUCACUGGUGGCCUUCACAUGGAGACGGGUGGAGAGAUGCCCACCCUCAGAGACUCCAUCAUCAGCUGGCUGCUCAUGAAUGAACAGAGUGAGGAGACGGAGGACAACUGUAAACCUCACCUGAUUAUCACCAGGGAUUUCCCACUGCACCUCAUUCCUAGGAUUUUGGUGUCUUUGACACUUAAAGACAGCAGGGCAGGUGUGAUGUUUCUGAUGGGCAGUCUGUUGUCUGAGAGCUUCUCUGCUUCUAGUGUCCACACAGAGGAGAAAGAAAGUUUAGGGGAGGUGGAGAGUCUGUAUCUGCAGUUCAGUUUUGAUGACAUGCCUUCCUGCUCUACAGUAAAAGCUCGGGGAGAAAGUGUUUGUUUAGACAAGCCACAGUUCACUGUUAUUCAAACUCUCAGGACCAAACUGGAGACGAGUCUUCUGUCUGUGACUGAGCAACUCUUUAACUGCUACUCUCCUGAUGGUGUGAACGCUCCUCAUGAGUGUGUGUUACGCUGUGUGUUUCUGCUGACCGGAGUUCUCUCGGCAUACGUGUGUAUUGGGCUUCUCACGGAAGAACAGGCCUGUCACUCUCCACUCUUCCUCAAAGCCAAGGCACUGGUUCAAGAAUUUAGCCAUUACGUAUCGACAGCGAAGAGCAAACUUGCAGAGAAUGACACCAUCGCAACAAUUCAAACUGUCAUGCAGCUGUGCUCACAUAGUCUCAGCAAAAGAGAAAAGGAGGACAACGUUUACAGCAUCUCCCGCAAUUUAUUUAUGAAGACGCUGCCUGCAAGGUUGUUGAAUGAUCUGGGUGAUCUAUCGAAGCAGUUGCUGAGUAACUCGGGUAAAAAAGACGCGGUCAUGGAGAAUGAGCCAAUGGAUGAAGACAUGGAUGUUAGCAGGACCCAAAUCGACAAUCGGGAGGAAAUUGACCUGUUUGAAGACGGAGAUGGACCACACCACAACACCUCCAGACCGAACCAGCAUAAUGAAGAAGCUGGGGAUUCAAAGUUCAGCACAGGGGCAAAGAGCGCUUUAUCCGAGCAGCAUUUAGCUAAACAGGACUUAGCCUUCCUGUCUGUGCUUGGAUUCUUGUCACUGUGUGCGUCCUCGGAGCUCAACGGCAGGUUCUCUUUUAAACCUGUAGACACACAACGCAAGCUGCUGAAACUGCUGGACCUCACAGACUUCUCUCAGCCGUUACACCUCAACAUGUAUCUCACUUUGCUGAAGAAACUUCCAGCCGAGGUGGCAUCUUUGGCUCCUGAAGAAUGGGAUGCUCUUCUCAGACCUCUGGCUGAUGUUUGUUCUCUCUACCGACAAGACCAGGAAGUGUGUGCUGCCAUCUUGUGCGCUUUAAUCCCAGCCAUCAGUUGUGUGGGCCGCACGGCUCCUGAGAGCGAGCAGGAAGAUGAGAUGGCACAUGUGCGUGGAGCUCUGCUGAAGGUUAUGUCAGGUUUCUGUUUCUUGGGUAAAUCUGGCAAAUGCACUGCAGCUGUGAAGGCAGCGCUGGGCCAGUGUUUAGUGGCUUUGUUAGAGGCGGACCCGUGCUGUAAGUGGGCGGUUCUAACCGUGAAGGAGGAGAAUCUACCGGCAUCUGUGGUUCUUUUGGCAGAUCCCCAUCAUCACGUGUGCAUGCUGGCAGCGCUGUCUGUGGAGCGACUGUUUCUCAUAAAAAGAGGGGAUGGUGGAGAGAAGACAAUGCUACCUCUGAAGAGUCAGCAGAUGGCGUUUGAGAACAUUUACCUUAAGGCUCAGGAGCGAAUAAGGGGCCAGCAAAACUGUUCUCCUGAAGACGAGUCCGACGAGACGUUUAAUCGACGAGCGACCUUGUUAAAGAGCCUCUCGCUGGUGAUGUCCUGCAGCCCCGUGUGCGAGAAGCAAGCCCUUUUCGCUCUUUUGCAGUCCUACAAAGAGAACGCCGUCGACCAACAGCUCAUCACAAAGGUGCUGAGGGGAGUUUCUCGAGCGCUUGGGUAUAAGGACCCUGAAAGUUUGAUUCAUUCACACCUGUAUUACCUAGUGGCUGAGUGGCUUAACCAGACGCAAGCCGACUCGCGCUACACGCUAGAGUCCUUCCCCCACACACUGAUGGGCUACAGAGAUCUGGAAGAGUUUUACAGGUCGUCCUACAAUGUGCUGAUCCCACACCUGGUCUUUCUGAACGACUUUGAGGAGGUGAGGUCUAUCGGCGAUCAUCUUCGUCAGGACUGGAAGCAACUGCUGGCCAACUGCUUCCCCAAGAUCAUGGUGAACAUACUGCCACAUUUCGCCCUCGCCGGGCAAGAAGCUCAGGUGGCCCAACAGAGAGAGAAAGCCCACAGGGUGUAUGAUUUACUGAAAGACAGCAACUGCCUGGGAAAACAGCAAAUUGACAGUUUGAUUUGCAAUAACCUGCCUGACAUCGUGGUGGAGCUGUUGAUGACGCUGCAUGAGACGGCAGGAGGGCCAACAGCAGAUAAAGGAGACUUACAGAAGUUUACUGGAGAGUUAGAUCCAGCACCAAACCCUCCAUUCUUCAGCUCAUAUGUGAUCAGAGCCACGCUGGAUUACCUGAGCAAGUGUCACAGUGCCGGGAACAAGUCUCUGGUCACCAUACUGUCCAAGACACCAAUGUCCAUUCAGAAGAUCCUCGUAGCCAUUUGUCAGAAAGCAGCUGAGACCACCAACGCUUACGAGAGACACCGAAUCCUCAUGAUGUACCAUCUGUUUGUCGGCCUGUUGCUCAGAGAGGUGAAGGAUGGACUGGGCGGAGCUUGGGCCUUUGUGCUGCGAGAUAUCAUCUAUACACUCAUUCACCACAUUAACAGCAGAUCAUUUCAGCUGAAUGAGGUGUCCACACGUAGUCUCUCUCUGUGUUGUGACCUGCUGUCUCUGGUCUGUCAGACGGCUGUGGAAUACUGUGACGAUGCUCUGGAGAGCCACCUGCAGGUCAUUGUGGGUACUCUCACAGCACAGGUCACCCAACAGUCAGCCAUAUCCCAGCAGGUCCUUCGUCUGCUGAGAUUUUUAGUGAUGGAGAACCCAGAGAACCGGAUGUUGAAGAAAGCCAUACCCCUUCUGGAGCCUUUCCCCGACCGCCCGGCCUUCAGAGAGCUCAGAGCCGCCCAACAUGCUCUCAAGUACAACUCGGGAACAUUCACCCUCAGACAGGAAAUAGAGCAUUUUCUCUCUGUGACGUCAUGCGAUUCGCUGCCGUUGACGCGUCUGGAGGGAUUGAAAGAUUUGAAAAGGCAGCUUCACAGCCACAAACAGCAGAUAGUUCAGCUUCUGAGAGAAUGUCACGUUGACCCAUCGGGCUGUGUUCUGCUUAAGCUGGUUUUGAACCUUCUCCAGCUCUGCAAAAUCGCAGCCAACCACCCCGGCGGAAGAGACAUCCUGGAGGCUGUCGGUCGGUGCUUAGGGGAACUUGGACCUGUCGACUUGUCAACAAUAGCAUUGCAUCAUGGGAAGGAUCAGCUGUAUGCUAAGGCCGCUCGUUUGUUUCCCGAAGUUGCUAUUCAGUGGAUCUUCAUCAUUCUGAACUGCAUGGACAACGCACUCACACAUCACAGUAUUGCGGUGCGUCAGGCGGCUGGUGUGUGUCUAAAGAACAUCUUGGCCACCGAGUCUGCUCUUGAAUUCGGUCAAUUGAAGAGCAGUAAAAGGAACCCGAUGCUGGCGUACCUAAACCCCUUCCGCUCUGCCAAGAGACGGGAGCCCACCCUGACCGUGGAGGUGACCUCAGAGUCCAGAGAGAGACUGGACAGUCCUGACCUGUGGUCUGUGCAGCCCGGUGGACACAAGGACUGGUUGAAGAAUCUGUGUACGGCCUUGUUAGACAGCGGAGGAGUCCAGGAUGAGGCUCUGCUUCUCACCAGACCUCUCUGUGAGGUGAAAACCGAUUUUUGCCAGAGGAUGUUGCCGCUCUUCAUUCACGAUAUUCUUCUGGGAGAUGCGGAUGGGUCCUGGAGACAGCUCUUAUCCACACAUAUCCAGAGCUUCUUUAGUCAGUGCUGCAGACCCUCAACACCCACCAGCCGUCCCACCACCCCCAUGCUAUCAGACUCGGUUUUAACAGGGAAUACAGAUUUUGGGAACCAGGCCGCAGUAGAUAAGCCGUCUCUCCGAAGCAUGCUGACAGUCAUAGACUACCUCAGACAACAGGCUCGACCAGUGGCACAUGGAAGUAAUGAAUACGGGACAGUGUGCGAUUCAAACUUCUGGCUGGAUCUGAAUUAUCUGGAGGUGGCCGGAGCUGCUCAGUUGUGUUCUGCCCAUUUCACGGCUCUCCUGUACUCUGAGAUCUAUGUGGACAAGAUCAGAUCCAACAUGGAGCAGAGCCGAAGGUCACAGUCUCGAGCGUCGAGGAGGAUCACAUUUGAUGAGGCCAGCCAGACUCUGUCCAUUGGCACAGUUAAUGAAAAGAGUUUAGAAGACUCUGGCAUCAGUCUACAGGAUCUUCUCAUUGAAGUGUAUAGGUGCAUUGGAGAACCUGACAGUCUAUACGGGUGUGGAGAGGGCAAGUUAGUCAGUCCUCUGACUAGGAUUCGAACGUAUGAGCAUGAGGCCAUGUGGGAAAAAGCUUUGGUUUCAUAUGACCUUCACUCCAACCUCCCAGAGGUCACACGACAGAUCGGCAUAGUGGAGGUACGCAUGACCUCUGGUCUGGAUGCUUACAGACUAAACUCGGAUCAGGUGAGCGGUAUUGAGUUUGUGUUUUCACAGGCUCUGCAGAACUUUGGUUUGUCUAGUAUUCUGAGCACAUAUCUGCACGGGCUGGAGAGAGAGGGGGUGGAGUCCAGUCCUGAACUGAGAGAGCUGCGUUUUCAGGCUGCGUGGAGAAAUACACAGUGGGACUGUGAUCUGCCUGAAAGAACUGAGAAGCUGAAGCCUGGAAUCAAUGAGUCUCUAUUCAGCUCUCUUCAGGCUCUGAGGGAUAAAGAAUUCUCCCUGUUUGAGCAAACACUCAACUAUGCCAGAGGUCAUGAGGUGGAGGAGUUGUGUCGUGGCAGUCUGGAGGCUGCUUCUUCACUUUACCCUGCACUUUGUAACCUGCAGAGAAUCGCCGAACUCCAGAGUGUCCAGGAUCUUUUCGCAAGGCCUAUAACUGACUCCGCUCUGAAUGAGGUCUACGGGAAAUGGCAGCAACACUCAGAUCUCUUGACUGAUAGUGAUUUCAGUCUGGUUGAGCCCGUUUUAGCCCUGCGCUCUUCAAUACAGGAAAGCCUGAUUUCCUCAGCGACAGAUCCUGACAGGAAGAGCUACCUGAUAUCGGCCUAUUCCUCACACCUGAUGGAGCUGUGCAAACUCGCUCGUGCGGCAGGCAACACACAGCUGGCAGAGCGAGCAGUUUUUCACAUGAAGCAGAAAGGCGUGGCCAGCGCUGGGGGCAUGGUCUCGUGGGCGUGGCAGCUGGAGGAGGCUCAGGUGUUCUGGGUGAAGAGAGAACAGGGGCUAGCUCUGGGGCUGCUCAAACAGAUGAUCCACAAACUGGAUGAUUUAGUGUCUGUGAAUCCUGCUCUGGUGCCGGUGUUUUCUGAAGGCUUGAGACUGUGUGGGAACUGGCUGGCCGAAUCCUGUUUGGAGAGUCCUGCUGUUAUACUGGAGAAAUAUCUGGAGAGGGCUGUGGAGGUGAUCGAGGACUAUUGUGCCGGAUCCGACACUAAACUCCAGAGCCAGAAAACCCAGGCUUUCUUCUCGCUAGCACGGUUUUCUGACGCACAGUACCAGAGCAUCGAGAAUUACAUGAAGUCCUCUGAGUUUGAGAAUAAACAGGCGCUUCUGGAGAAGGCCAAGGAGGAAGUGGAUCUCAUGCGGGAGAGGAAGGUCAUCAACAACAGGUACACGGUGAAAGUUCAGAGGGAACUCGAGCUGGACGUCAAGGCGAUGGCCAACCUCCAGACUGACCGUAACCGCUUCCUCCUCAAGGCUGUGGAGAACUACAUCCAGUGCCUGGAGCUCGGAGAAGAACAUGACACCUGGGUCUUUAGACUGGCGUCCCUCUGGCUGGAGAAUGCCGAUGUCAAAACAGUCAACGACAUGAUGAGGACUGGGGUAAAGAAAAUUUCGUCCUAUAAGUUCCUGCCCCUGAUGUACCAGUUAGCUGCUCGAAUGGGCACAAAAGUGUCCAGUUCACAGGACGUUGGUUUCCAUACUGUUCUGAAUGAGCUGAUCUGUCAGUCAUCCCUGGACCACCCGCACCACACUCUCUUCAUCAUCUUGGCCCUGGUCAACGCCAACAAAGAUGAGAGUUUCUCUCGCAGUCGUAUAUCCAAGAGCAGUGCACGCCAGCCUUCGCCUUUGGACUUGGAGCGCGCAGAGGUAGCUCGAAAGAUCAUUGACAUGGUUCGUAAAAAGAAAGCCAAGAUGAUCAAAGGCAUUGAGACACUCUGCAGUGCAUACAUCACUUUGGCGUACAUGGACGCAAGUCGCCAUAAAACUGAGAAGAAAGCCAUACCGAUCCCGCCUGAACAACCAAUCAUGCAAAUCAAAGACCUUGAUGAUGUCAUCAUUCCCACCAUGGAGAUCAAGGUGGAUCCAUCAGGCAGAUAUGAAGACCUUGUGUCUGUCAGGUCAUUCAAACCUUACUUUCACCUGGCUGGAGGCGUCAACCUACCGAAGAUAAUCGACUGUGUCGGCUCAGACGGCCUGACCAGGAAACAGCUAGUCAAGGGUCAGGAUGAUCUGAGGCAGGACGCGGUAAUGCAGCAGGUCUUUCAUAUGUGCUCCACGCUCCUACAGCGCAACGCAGAAACACGCAAGAGAAAACUCAACAUCCGCCGCUACAAAGUGGUGCCGUUUUCCCAGCGCAGCGGUGUUUUGGAGUGGUGUUCUGGAACCGUGCCCAUUGGAGAGUUCCUGGUUGACCCACUGAAGGGGGCGCACAAACGUUUCCGCCCACAGGACUGGACUAACAUGGCCUGUCGCAAGAAAAUGAUGGAUGCCCAGAGGAUGGAGUUUGAUGGCAAACAUCAGGCGUUUACAGAGGUGUGCCAGAAUUUCCGGCCAGUGUUUCGAUACUUUUGCAUGGAGCGCUUCCUGGACCCUGCAGUGUGGCUGGAGAGACGACUAGCGUAUACGCGCAGUGUGGCCACAUCCUCGAUUGUCGGUUACAUCGUUGGCUUGGGCGAUCGACACAUUCAGAACAUUCUUAUUGAUGAAGAGACCGCAGAACUGGUCCACAUAGACCUGGGGGUUGCAUUCGAGCAGGGUAAAAUCUUGCCAACCCCUGAGACGGUGCCGUUCAGACUUUCUCGAGAUAUCGUUGAUGGAAUGGGCAUCGCUGGGGUGGAGGGGGUGUUCAGGAGAUGUUGUGAGAAAACUAUGGAAGUUAUGAGGAGUUCUCAGGAGGCCCUGUUAACCAUUGUGGAGGUGUUGCUGUACGACCCUCUGUUCGAUUGGACCAUGAACCCUCUGAAGGCCUUUUACCUGCAGCAACACGACGAGCAGGCCGAGCUUAAUGCCACGCUUAACCCCACGCCGGGCGGAGACGAACUCGACGCCCACCGCAAGGCCAGCAGUGACAGUCAGAGCUUUAAUAAAGUGGCGGAGCGAGUGUUGCUCAGACUGCAGGAGAAGCUGAAGGGUGUUGAGGAGGGAACAGUGCUCAGUGUGGGAGGGCAGGUCAACCUCCUCAUCCAGCAGGCCAUGGACCCUAAAAAUCUCAGUCGACUUUUCUCCGGCUGGCAGGCCUGGGUCUGAUAUACGCGACAGAUCUUCAUGUUCCGGUACAGACUAAAUAACAAUCUAAAGUGAAUGAAUGUCAAUGAAUCUCCCUCAUGUCCCCUCGUGGUCUCUGUAACGUUCAAGCUUUAUCUACUCUGAAUGUCCAUCUUUGAAAAUACUUGCACUAUUAGCCGACAGUAUGUAUGAUUUAAAAAACAUUUCAAUACAUUUAUGCUUGACUGACAGAUUCUUGACUGACAGUUCUGUAAUUAAAUAAAAUCAUUAACUUUUUUAAAAGGGAAACUAAUUUUCUUUCACCACUACUUUUAUUUGUAUGUAUUGAAUCAAAAUUUUGUUUAGCACGUGGGUAAAAACGAUUGCAAUAAUAACCAUUGUUUGUUCUGGAGAUAUUCAUGUAGUGUGCGUGCAGACAUCACUCAUAGGUUUUCUUUUAUAUCUUACUGGAUGCAAUUAUUAAUAUACUAAAUAAACUGUUUGUUUAUACAUCA